AGCCACUUUAAACAACCCAGUUUAAAUUCAAUCUGAUUAUCAUUCAUAGCCAUUAACUGUUAUUAACAGUGUUAAAUAUGAGGUUAAACAAUUAUGUUUAAAAAAUUAUACGAUAAAUUUAAUGAUUUAAUAUUUUUUGAUAAAAACUAAGAAACUGCGAACAAGAUUACGGUUCUACCGGCUUACUUUCAAUAUGGCCAGAAUAUUUGUAGAUUGGAUUGACGAGUCGUGGUUAUGCUAUAAUAUUUUUCUCACUUUCUGACGCUCGUGUGGAUUAUUUUUUCAAAAAUGGUUAAAGAAAAACCUAAUUCCACAAGAACCUAUGAUGGGGAAGGUUUUCGAAGGCGUGCUGCCUGUUUAUGUGUAAAAAACGAAGACGAAAAUGAGGUUUUGCUGGUUUCAAGUAGCCGUGCACCAGAAAAAUGGAUUGUACCAGGGGGUGGCCUUGAACCUGAUGAGGAACCUGAUAUUGCUGCCAUUCGAGAAGUUAUGGAAGAAGCAGGAGUUACUGGAACCUUAGGGCGCUGUCUUGGCACAUUUGAAAAUCUUGAACGAAAACAUCGCACAUCUGUGUUUGUCUUGGUUGUAACUGAGGAAAAAGAAGAAUGGGAAGAUUCAAAAAACAUUGGUCGCAAGAGACAGUGGUUUACUCUUGAAAAGGCAAUGGAUGUGUUGGCUGUUCACAAGCCAGUACAAUGUGACUACAUAAAAUUACUCAUUAAAAAUGACAAAGUGCCAUGACAUUGGUUCUUUGUGUAGUACAUCUCAAAGAAGACAGUGUUUUUUUCAUGUCAUUGUCUGUAUGGUACUGCUCUGUGACCCUCUGUUACCGAAGCAUGUGACUUUAUAGAUUGGUCCUGGGAGAGGGUCCAUUUCACUGCUGGAAUAGGUGGAUCUGGCCUAUUUCCCAGAUGUUUUCCUGUUAUUUCCAGUGCAAGUCCUCUACAUCUUUGCUGCCAGUGCCACAUGUAUUUAUUACCCCAAGGCUUGUGUUCCUAAAUAGUUGAUUUUUUUUAUUCUUUUGUGUGUGUGUGUGUGUGUGUGUUUAGUGGCAAGUUGCUUGUCACUCAAAACCAAAAGCUUCUUAUCCAGAAAACAGUAAAUUGAGUAUGUUUCAAAAACCAUUACAGUAUGACAUUUUUUUGGUGUUCUGUAGUUUAAGCUAAAUUAUUUUACAUGCUUCUGGACUAAAUCUAAUUGUAUCUAACCUGAUAUGGAAUAAUAAUUAUUUCUGUUUAGAUAUAAAGUAAAACUGGUAUAUUACAGAGCAAAAUUCUAGUCUGUGAACUAAAAACUCUUUAAAAUUGAUUUAACAGUAUUAAAAAAAGUAAUCUCUCAUAGAGUAAAACAAGUUGUCUGUCAGUUAAAACAAACUGAAACUAAUCUGUCACUCUGUGAUUUAAAACAAAAAUGAAAGUCACAACUUGAAUAAAACUCUGGCCUGUCAGUCAUAAGCAAGGUAAAAGUUUAAUACAAAGUACACUAGUAGUUUAACUUAAAAACUAACUAAAAAUUGAAGUCAUGAAGUAUAAGUAAAACUCGAUGUGACAUGAAGUAAAUCUAGUAAAUUAAAAACUACUUCAUUCAUCAAGUAAAAGUGAAACUGAUGUGAUCCAAAGUAAAAAUGAGUUUGUGAAUGAAAACAAAAAGUAAUGAUUGUAAAAUUGAUGAAAAUGUACAAUGCUCCAACAUAUAACAUUUAUGUAGUUGCAUAUGACUUCAGGAAUUUUGUGUAGUAACAGUUAAUCUUUAAUCCAAAAUGUACUUCAAGUAGGUUAAAUGAGGUCUCAUAAGUGUAAAGAAGAAAUUGCUAUAGGUAUUAAAUUGAAGAGACAUACUCAACCAUGUAGAAUUGUCCUCAAGUCUAGUUGGUUUUGGCUUUUUUUUAGAGGAAUGAAUUAUGUGCAAGUUGACACUAAAAAUGUUAUUUAUUUCUCAUGUAUUCACACUUGAAAAAUUAGUUAAUAAUGGCCAUUGUGGGGAAAAUUUCAGCUGUGUAAAAAUAAAGGACUGUAGAUAUGAAAUAAAUCAAUAUAAGUCAAUGCAGGAAAGCGACAAAAUAUAUGAAAUGAUGAAUUGCUAAAUUUUCAAACUUUUCUUUAUAAUUACUAUACCUGUAUAACAAUCUCUAACAAGUAACUUCUGAGUUGUAUUAUGAUGAUCAUUAAUUACAGUAUAUUCUAUACAAAAUAUAAAUUGUGUUAAGAAAGCACUUAAGUACUGUUGAAAAUUAUACACUUUAAUGGUGAGAUCUGAAAAUAUAUUUUGAAUUUAUGUAAGAACUCUCAAAAAGAGCAGACUCUGAAUCUCUACACAUCUAGGUGUUUAAUGUCAUAUAUGGUACACUUAGAAUAUCUAGUUUUCUAGUUAAUUCAAUUUUACUUUUGAAUUUUUUAAACCUGGUCAAAAUCAAGUCUAAACACAAAUAUGAAAAUGUAAUGGUCAUUUUUAAAUUUAAUGAGAUAUUCUAGCUUCUUAUCCGAAGUACUUGAUAUUACAUUUUCUUAUUUUAUUCUUUUUCUUAUACAGUGUAUUCAGUUUAUAGUGACACCACAGCUAGAAUGCAUGAUUGUUUCAUAUAAACAUCUUCAUGAUUAUUUGUGACAAUUGUCAUUAGGAUGUUAUUACAAUCUGCUAGAACUAUUGUAAUAUAUUAAGUACAGAUGUAAAGUAGCUGUGUUUAUUAAAAUGAAGGAAAAAGAAACAAUAAAAGGUUGAUUGACAUUAUAUUUAACAAGGUGGUAUUGAACUUGGAAGUCAUUAUUAAAAAUUGAUAAUCUAUACCUUUUUUCAUAAUUGUAAGUAAAGUAAAACUGAAAUAUAUGAAUUUAAGAUGCUGGCUUUUCUCUAGGGACGAGUUUUUUAUUAGAUACCUAAUAUGUUGUCUUUAUUUUUCUGUUUGGAGUUAUAGUGUAAUAAACCUUUUUUUGUAAAGUUAAUGUACAUCUUGAAUGUCUUCAAAAUGAAGAUAUUUAAUGAACAAGAAAUUGAAAUUAACUGAAACAAAUAUAAAAUAAUUGAUAUUUUAACUAAUAACGUAAAAGUUCAUUUAUAGGUGCUUUCAACUUUCAGGAUAUAUUUGAAAUGCACUUGUGUUUUUCUAGUGUUACCUUUAAACUAUUUUACUUUUCAACAACAAAAAACUAAUCAAGAAACAGUCUUAUUGAAAUAAUUCUACAGACAUUGCAUUAUAGCAACCUUUUCAUUGAAUAUAAUGCAUUGUGUAAGCACUUUGUAUGAAAAUAGGGAACAGUGUUUUCUUGGACUAGAUAGUGUGUGUGUAUGUAUAUAUAUAUAUUUAAAACUUAACUUAAAACUUACUGCAAGUAGUUUAUUAUAGUGUUGUCUAACUGGGGACCUUAAAAUUAAAAAUAAUAGUUACCAAUUCUGUGAAUAACUGUAUGCACUAAACUUCAUAGGUUAUGCAAGCACUAGUUUUAAUUAAUUGUUUAGUGUUUGCUCAUUUCUCAUUCUACUUACCCCCUUUUUUAAAUAUUUCAAUUACGCUUGUUUUAUGUUGCCAUCACUGACUAAAGAUAAACUUAAAUUCCAAAUUUUUGCAAAGAGCCAUAUUGGUUAAACAGUGAACACAUAAAUAACUUAUUUCUUGUGCAAAAGCUAAAUGUAUAUAAACACUGCAUAUUUUGAAGUUGAAAGAUUUUUUUAAAAAUGUGUUGGACUAUUACCUGAUUUACCAAAGACAAGUCAGAUUAAAUACAACUCUCUGAUUCUUUGAUAGUUCAUCUAUCUCUCUGAGAUAAUUGCAGCUAAAAUGGUUUAUAAAAUCAGUUUUCAGUUUUACUCAAUUAAAAUUCUAUGUAAUUUAGUUAUUGUCAGAUAAAAAAAAGUUUCAAAAUUAGUCUAUUAAAUAAUUGUAGUUCCUCCAAAUGUAAUUGUUGACACCAGGUAGUAUUCAUUCUCCUUGUACAGUAUGUUUAAAUUUGUGUAAUGCAUUGUGAAAACUUGAAAUUGGUUUGUUGUAUUUUUUUUUUUUACAUUUCACAUAAGUUUGUGAGAAGUGUUGAAAACUUGCUAAGUAAUUGAACAAAUAAAAGUGUACAAAAAACUGUUGUUGAGAUUGUUUAUCUGUAGUGCUGCUGUGUUGAAUAAUUUAAAGUUGAGUACAUAUAUUGAAUCAUUAAUAUAGUGUUUAGCAUGUUUGUGUUUUGUGUAUU